AUGACUCAAGUGAAAGAGUCUCAGCCAGGACAAGCGGCGACCGACAUCUCUGGUCUUCUCCCUCCCCAGCACUGGGUAGAGGUAGCUGAGGAAUUGGCUGCGGCGGAUGAUGCGGAUUCCGCUCUCGGUAAUGAUGCACCGGAAUCAACUGCCUCUAUCACCUCCAGUAUUCUCCAGUACAGGAACAUCAGUGGGAGGUCUUAUCAUCACGAUAUAGGAAAUGCGCAGUACUGGGGAACAAACGACGAGCAGCAGAAUGAGUCUAUGGAUAUCAACCAUCACGUCUUGACAUUGGUUUUGGAUGGUGCACUAUUUCUUGCGCCUAUUUCGAAGGAUAUCAAGAAUGCUGUCGAUAUAGGCACCGGAACGGGUAUUUGGGCCAUUGACUUCGCAGACAGCUUCCCCGAUACUCAAGUCAUCGGCACCGACGUCUCCCCAAUCCAACCUGGCUGGAUUCCUGCGAACUUGCGAUUCGAGAUUGAAGACUGUACCCAAGAGUGGACUUUUGCGCCCAACUCACAGGACUACAUCCACUUCCGCUGGCUGGUCGGUAGCAUCGUCGACUGGGAGCAGCUUUUCAAGGAGGCGUAUAGGUGCCUGAAGCCAGGCGGCUAUAUCGAGAGCCACGAAGCCCUUUCGAGAAUGGAUUGCGAUGACGGAAGCAUCACGGAGAACAGCGCCAUGCAUCAGUGGGGAAAAUUCUUUGUCGAAGGCGGUAAGAAGAUCGGCCGUUCGUUUACGAUCGUAGAAGACGGUGUACAAAGAAGUGCGAUGGAGAAGGCUGGCUUUGUUAAUCUCGAAGAAAAGAACUUCAAGGUUCCGAUUGGAGGCUGGCCGAAGGAUUCUAAGAUGAAGGAGAUUGGCAGGUAUGCCCAAGCCACACUGGAGCAGGAUAUCGAAGGUUAUGUGCUUUUCAUGGCGAACACGGUAGAAGGCUGGACGAAGGAGGAGGUGGAGGUCUAUAUCUCGAUGCUUCGUCGAGAGUUGCGACAGAGGAAGAUGCAUCCUUAUUAUCACCAGAAAGCUGUCUGGGCGCAGAAGCCGAUGGAUUGA